AUGUUGGAUACCAGUACUCUUACAUCAGAGGUUUCCUGUUCGAAUCCGGUCAUUGCGUCACCAACCGAAGAAACAUCCACGAAGAGAAAGGUCACUCAUUCACAGGAGCAUGGAUUUUCAGAUCAAGUACGAAUACCGAAUGUGAUUGUGAUGGUCGGGCUACCGGCCCGCGGAAAGACGUACAUAUCGAAAAAACUAUGUCGUUAUCUCAACUGGAUAGGAAUAAAAACAAAAGUGUUCAACGUCGGUGAGUAUCGUCGAACGGAAGCGAAUGCUUGUGAUGCGGUGCAUGGAGCGAAUGCCUCAUUCUUCUCACCAAACAAUGCGGCUGCUCUCAAAGUGCGAACAGACUCAGCUCGUCGAGCAAUGAAUGAUAUGGCGGAUUGUUUAAAAUCCGGUGCUUGUAAUGUCGCUAUAUUUGACGCAACAAAUACAACGAGGCAACGACGGGAAACUCUCAACGAGUUCUGCGAGAAAAACUGGUUGCGUUGUUUCUUUAUUGAGUCGGUUUGUGAUGAUGAACGAAUCAUCGACAGUAAUAUCACCGAUGUAAAGGUUAACUCUCCAGAUUACAAGGGUCUGAUGUCUGCUGAGCAAGCAAAAGAAGAUUUCUUAAAGCGUAUUGAAAACUACAAACAGCAGUAUGAGCCGUUGGACGAAGUGGAAGAUCACAAACUCAGUUUUAUUAAGGUGAUAAAUGCCGGUCGGUCGUUUUACGUACACAACGUUCAAGGUCAUGUUCAAAGCCGUGUUGUUUAUUUCUUGAUGAAUAUCCAUCUUCUACCACGCAGUAUUUACCUAACAAGACACGGAGAGAGCGAAUAUAAUGCUAUGGGCCGUAUUGGUGGUGAUUCCCCAUUAACACCAGGUGGAGAAUUAUAUGCCAAAGCUCUUAGUGAGUUUUUCGAGAAGGAGAAAAUCUCUGAUCUUCGAAUUUGGUGCUCUCAGAAGGUCCGUGCAGCACAAACGGCUCAGAGACUAAAUCCUGCUUUCCACACCGAAUACUGGAAAGCAUUAGAUGAAAUGGACGCUGGAAUUUGCGAAGGGCUCACUUAUGAGGACAUUCUACAGCGGUAUCCGAAACAAGCUGAGGAUCGUUUGAGGAAUAAGUAUCACUAUCGUUAUCCAUCAGGGGAGUCAUACGAAGACGUUGUCUCGCGACUAGAACCAGUUAUCAUGGAACUCGAAAGACAAGCGAAUGUAUUGGUUGUCUCCCAUCAAGCUGUUCUUCGUUGUAUUCUUGCGUAUUUCUACGAUAGAUCGUUGGACGACCUACCAUACAUCGAUAUUGGACUUCACUCAUUAGUAAAGCUCACUCCAAGGGCAUAUCAUUGCGAUUCGACGUUGUAUCGUUUUGAUGUCGAGGAAGGAAAGUGGACUUCCAGUAUUCAACAACUGCCGCUGUGCAGAAGUCCUAGGGAUAGCUGA